AUGUCCGCCGUUCAACUCAAGUUCAACCUCCGCACCUCGUCCAACGUCAAGACCGUGCACCUUGUCGGCUCCUGGGACAACUACGCUCGCCAGAUUCCGCUUUCUCGCGAUGGCUCCAAGUCGGGCUCGUGGGUUGGCAAGUUCCGCUUCCAGACCUCGAUGCUGAAGCUUGGUGGCCGCUACUGGUACUACUACAUCCUCGACGGCUACCACGUCUCGCACGACCCCGCUGCCGAAUACACCGUCGAGCCCACCACCGGCCGCAAGCUCAACAUCCUCGACGUGCCCGGCGGUAAAGAGUCUUCCUCUUCGUCUUCCAACCGUCGCAGCAGCCGCCGCUCUGAAGUUGCCACUGGCCGCGGAAUCUCGCCCUCGCGCAUCCACCACCCCAAGCCCUCCAAGCCCUACGCCUCCCGCCAGCUGCGCGAGGCCGACUUCGCCCCCCAGAACAUGGAGGAGCUCACGCGCCGCUUCGCCUCGUCCCGCAUGUCCGACGAAUACAGUGACCUGUCCUCAUCCCCGCCUUCGUCCGUGGGCUCGUCGCUCUCGUCCCGCUCGUCCGGCAGCACCUCGCCCUCGUCGAUCAGCUCCAUGUCGGAUUCCUCUGCGUGCCACUGUGAGCGCUACGGAAUCACCCGCAAGGGCGACCGCGUCAAGCUCGACUGCGGUGGCAGCAAGUGCGGCUACAUCUCCGAGUCGUCUGAGGACUCCUGCUCUGAGGACGAGUCCGACUUUGAUGAGGAGUACAGCCGUGCGCGCCGCGGUGUGCGUCGCCAGGGUAUUGUUGUUCGUCGUUAG